CCCAUAUCUCUUCCUUCUCUUUUAAAUUUUGAAUCAUUCUUCUGAUACCACAAAGGAGCGCACAGAGAGAGAGAGAGAGAAGCGAAGUUGAGAGAGAAACGGUUCCUUGUUUAACAAGCACUUCUUAGUUCUUUCUUCCGGAGAAACUGAAACAUCCCGUUUCAGAGAUAAACGAAGAUCCUUACUCUGUUUCACAAACCCAUCACCGGUUUACAAGAAGAUGAAUGAUCUGAUGACGAAAUCGUUCUUAAGUUAUGUUGAAUUGAAGAAACAAGCGAAGACAGAUAUGGAAUCUGAUCGUGAUUUGGAGAAAGGUGAAGACUUUAAGUUUGAUUUCAGCCCAGCGGAUGAAGAGAACCUCUCUGGUUUCUUUCAAGAAAUCGAAACCAUCAAAACCCUAAUCGAAGAGAUCACUCAUCUCUUACUCGAUCUCCAAAACCUAAACGAAGAGACCAAAUCUACUCACAGCACCAAGAUCUUACGCGGGUUAAGAGACAGAAUGGAAUCAAACAUCGUCACGAUCUCUCGCAAGGCCAACAGAGUCAAAACCCUAAUCGAGACUUUGGAGAAGAGCAACGUUGCGAACCGUACGAGUUUCAAGGAAGGGUCUUGCGUGGACAGGACAAGAACUUCGAUAACUAAUGGAGUUAGAGCGAAACUGAGAGAUACGAUGAGUGAGUUCCAUCGACUGAGGGAAAGAAUCUUUGCUGAUUACAGAGAAGAUCUCAAAAGGAAGUAUUUUUUAGCGACUGGUGAAGAACCAAGUAAUGAGGACAUGGAGAAGAUGAUCUCUGGGUCUAGGACUGGUCCUGGUUUGGUUAAGACGUUUGAAGUGAAGCCAGAGAUGGAUUUGAAGACUCAAGAGAGACAUGAAGCAGUGAAUGACAUCAAGAGAAGUCUUAACAGGCUUCACCAAGUGUUUCUUGACAUGGCUGUUCUUGUUGAGACUCAAGGAGAUCGUAUUGAUGACAUUGAAGCUAAUGUGGCUAAUGCAGGGAGCUAUGUCAGUGGAGGAACCAACAGUUUGUACUAUGCUAAUCAGAUGAAGAAGAAGACCAAGAGUUGGGUUCUUUGGGUUUCGAUUUUGGGUGUUCUUAUUCUCCUUGUGUGUAUCAUCUCAAUGCUUGCUUCUCGUUGAGUGUUUCAGGAGAGAUAUGGUUACUUCUUUGGUUCCUUUUGGAUGAUCUCGAUUUGAAAGUGUUCUAGCUAACUCUAUUCAUUAGAUGUUUUCAUGAUUAUGUGUAUCAGAAACUUCUGUUUUUGGUUUGAUAUGAAACUUUCAUUGUCCACCA